AAUGGCCAGUAAUAUAGGAGUGUGGAAAUUCCACCACGGAUUCAUGGCUCUCAACAUGAAUGAGCGCAGCCUCUAAUGCUCAUUUUGGCAUCGAAACACUUUCUGUCUUAAAAACCACAUGUACUCGGACUAUAAAGUAUUGCGUGUCGCCCAUUUAGCUCGUUCUGGUGUAUCUCCACAGUUGCAAUCGCGCAAGGUGGCGCGAUACAGAUCGCCAAUGGCGCGGAGGGUCUCCAGGCGCUGACCAUGACGAACACAGGCAACCAACAAGGGGGCGCCACCAUCGUGCAGUACGCACAGACCAGCGACGGGCAGCAGUUCUUUGUACCGGGCAGCCAAGUCGUCGUGCAGUCUGCAUCAGGCGAGACGUACCAGAUUCGUACUCCGACGAGCGGGCUCUCUCAGGGCGUGGUGGUGUCCGCGUCCCCGGGGGGCUUGGCCAGCCCCCAGGGGGGUGCCGAGGAGUCCACGCGCAAGCGCGAGAUCCGCCUCUACAAAAACAGGGAGGCAGCACGUGAAUGCCGGCGGAAGAAAAAGGAGUACGUGAAGUGCCUGGAGAACCGCGUAGCCGUGCUGGAAAAUCAGAAUAAGACCCUCAUUGAGGAACUCAAGACACUCAAGGACCUGUACUGCCACAAGAACGACUAGCACACACACGCGCACCACCCACCAAACUCGCUAAACCCGGGUCCUCAUGGUAACCAUGGUCCCCAGCCUUGCCCUUUACACGAUCCGAAAGACUCCUUUUUCUGAAUGCCCUUACCAGCCUAGAAGAAGUCUCGGUAGGUUUCAUCCAAAAAAACAAUGGUAGGGUGAGUUGCAAGCGCUUGCUUCACUUUUUGGCAUAUCGGCAGUUUCCACUGGAAUUCUCAGCAGAAAACUGCAGAUAUUUGGCAGUUGAUAUGGUGAAUGUUGGCUGUAAUUGCCUUUCUGCAAGCACAGAAUGGAUAAGAGAUAUUCCUGUAAUUGUCGAGGUAUACAAGGUAACUUUCCCAUCGCCAAAAAGUUAAAAGAAAACCAACAAAAUGUAAGUCUCUAUGAGCAACUUAAGUUAGAUUUUUGCUGGAUGAAGCAAACUGCUGCGCUUGGCCCAGUAAAAGAAGAUAGCUUAAAACCUAGUCUUGGGCAUAAAUGGUAAUGUAAAAAUGAUUUUAAAAAUAAUAAUAUUGAUGUAUUUGCAUAAAACUUUUUUGGUUUAUAUUAUAGGAUGUAAUGAAUAUAUAUAAAAAUGGUUCAUAAGAUUUAUAUUUUCUACUUUAUCUGUUCUGUAUUUUAAUUGGAUAGAAGAUAUUUGGAUGCCUCGCAUUUAUUUAUCCAUUUUUAGUGACGCGAUUAUUACCACAAUAGAAUGCCUGUUAAAUAGAAAGCACUGCAGUAAUAUUUGGCUUUUGAUAACAAGUUGCAGUGUUUCCAUUGACCGUUUAAGGCUCAAUAUGAUGGGUGCCCUUUCGUGAUUUGUAUGUUUUGUAAAAUCAACAAUACAUUUCGGCCAUGAGCAUUGGCAUGCAUUGGUUAUUUAAAAACACUCAUUUACAAUGAAAUAAAUAAAAACAUGCCUUUUGCAAAAAUGGGUAUUUUUGUGCUGUUAAAUAGGCCCACAUUUUGAGGUAAACUUUUACACGGAGAUGUAUCCAUUUUUUAAAGUCAUAUGCAUGCCAUGGAGCCUCAUGUACAAACUUGAUUUUUCAAAGAAUAAUUAUGUAUCAGCAGUUCUAAGGAGCGUUCGUGAACAUUUAAACAAAAACACCAUAUACGCACGAGGUCCGUUAAUGUUGCCUUUGAUUAUUUGUGUCCCUGUGUUUGGUCCUCCGGCAGAUUCUGAUUGGACAAAGAUAAAUGUGCAUAUUUGUGACAAUGGGAAAAGAAGGAAAAAAAUGCCUUUACCAAUGUUAAAAAAUUACAUUCCAUAUAGUUCUAAAAAUUUGAAGCUACGUGUGUACCGUCACGCGAUGCGAUCGAAAUAUCUUACGGUUGUUUCGUUAAAGUAACAACAGUCUGUAACUCGCAACCGCGAGAUUUUGAUUUUGGGGACGAGUUUUUGUUAUGCAGACGACCCAAGUUUACCCGUAGUCCAAAGUACGAUGCAGGCUGUUGCAAAGACGCACACACGGGUUUUAUUAUCGAUUUUCUUCAAUAAGGUUGAACCACGGAGAUGGGUGUAUGCAGCUGCAUUCCUUGAAAUGGAUUUGUAAGGUAAAUCAUGUCACGUUCCAUUCGUGCAAGAAUAAUGCAAUACAUGAAAUAUUUUGCAGGGCAUUGUAUGACGAUAAUUACCACAUUUGAUCCUCUAUAAAUGUAUGUGUUCACUUUGACGAAGCAUUCACAAGUGCUCAACUUUCUAAUGUUGCCCAAAGGUGAGGGUUAACUGCCAUGUAAAAUGCAUUUUAAUGAAAUGUAUGUAUGUUGAACUACAUAGCUAACCAUCCUAAAUCUGGAAUUACAGAAAAGGCUUACAAACUAUCAAGUUUAAAAACAUAAUUCCAUAGUCAUAAGUACCAAUAAGUUUUCAAAAGGGAGCAUUGUAACAAUGUAAUUAAAUAACAAAAUCCCAACAAUAUACAAUGCAAUUUGUAUCACGAGUGCCUCUAAAUGCAGCUGCAUCUUAAGAAACAUGCUUAUAUAGAUUGACCCAAUGUAUGAGUCUUAGGCAUCACUUGAUUCUAUUCCCAGAAUUCUAAGAAUUCCUAACAGGAUUGACAUAAUCAGGGGAUUGAGGCUAGGCUGUUUGGAGCCCGCAUUGCAUUUGGACAAGGUGGAGCCUGGUCGGCAAUGUGUAAUUGCCAUUAUAAUGAAAUGAGAUUUUACUCGACAUUCCAUAGGAUUUCAAAGAGUCCCUAUUCUGUUUGAUGGCGAUGCAUGAAUUGCUAAUUACAUUGAUGGGGGUUCUGCUGAUGUCUAUGGAAUCGUCUAGGGUGGAUUCACUCCAUUUACAUAUUCAUCAUGUGGCAGUGUGUGAAGACAAUUAGCUGACAAUACUGCUCAUGGCUACAGUGUUCUGAGUAGGAAUCUGAUGUCACAUUUUCAUGUUACCUGUGUAGUAUUUACCAAAGCUUUGCAUCUGUGAAUACUGAUCAUAACAAUUGCUGUAAAAGGUCACAGUGAAUGGAUACGUUUUUUAGAGGAUCGAACUGUGGUGUUUGCAAAUACCUAAUUACAUUGCCAUUUCAGAUAAAGAAAUUCAUUAUUUUGAUCGAAAUCACUUCUGUUUAGACUUUUAGCUUUAAGAAUGUUGUGUUAUCAUUGUGUUCAUUAUUUUAUUGUAUAUUACAAAUAUAUUAAAUGCUGUUUAGGGAAAAGUGGAUACCAUGUUGCAAAAAUUGCUUAAAUAUUUGUAAUCGACACUAAUUUCUGUAUUAUGUAAGAGGUUACACUUGUUCUGUGAAUAUGCGUAAUUAACUUCUUAGAUGGCAGGGGAAUAUAUCAAAUUGUAUUUUUAUUUCGGUAGCAUAAUCGGACAGUGUUCACCAUAAGCCAUACAAAUAUUACUCAGUACCAUUAAGUUGUAGUUAUUUGUUAUCCACUCGUUUGUACAUUUUGUAGUUGAAUGGUAAAUGUAAAAAGAUUUCACAUUUUUGAGAGCUUCCCCAUCGUGAUAUAGCCGCGGUUCUCAAACUCGCAAACCAAUCACAUACACUCCUGUCGACCAUUAUAUCAAUAGUACAAAUGUAUGCGAUACAAUAGAACAUCAAUGGAAAUGUUCACUGUAGAAGUCGGGGGGGGGGGGGGGGGUGGGCCUCCCAAAAUAUAACUUUCUCGUGAAAUAAUUUUGGACUUUUUAGAAAUCUUUUUUUUCGUUAGGGCUGAUCAUCUUUGAAAAUUAUCCAAGUGUUGCAAGCGUUGCGCUUCAUAGCACUGGUGUCGUCAUUAAUGCAAUGCUUUAAAAACAAUGGUUUUAUUGAACUACUAAACUUCAGCAUACAAAUUACUUAGAGUUGCCUGCGUCCUGAAACAAGGGCUGGAUUAAUACUGCUUAAUAAAACCCUGAUCUUCCCCAUUGCAUAUGCUGCAUCAACAUUGAUGAAAUGUACGUUUGCACUAUGAGAAUACAGUAUAUUUCAACGCUUAUUGCAUGAAGUGUUAGUUAUGUACUAAUGCGACUGAAGGGGGGAGGUGCUGUAAUUUAUUUGUGAAAAGGUGAUAUGAUUGUGUUAGUCGGUAGUGAUUGCAAAAGCUUUAACUAACUCUUAAAUUAUCUCUUAAAUGGAGUUCACAAUUCUGUUAAGAUUCUUUCGCCAGAAGCUGAGCUCUUCAGAAAUUCCGGUUUUGACAUGUUAAUAAUGAAAUUAAAACUGCAUACAGUACAGUGAUACAAGAAUCGUCAGCACUGCUGUGAACACAACCAUGCCCAUAUCAGCUGACAGGUGGUGUACAAUAUGCAAUGGUGGUUGAUUCACGCUAGAUAAACAAGCAAUUAAAACUUUUUUUUGUUACAAAUUAAGUCCAUUGUAUAUUUUGAUCUGCUCUAGUGCUAUUGCGUUGCAACGAUGACAAUUUACUUUCUCAAGUUACAACCAUUUUCACUUUUCAUCCAUUUCUAGUUUGUACUGCUUUAUCCAAGACUUUCAAGUUAACAUUAAUCGCUCUUAAACGUUAAGUUAUACCUGCAUGGCAGGUCUUUUUAGUUUCGGCAUAUAACGAUAAUUAUUUGAAUUAUGAAACAAACAUGCUUCGGAAUUCACGUGCACAAUUGAUGAGUCUGUCUUGUCAUUACAAUUUUAAACACAUUGUAUCGUCAUUAUUAUUCAACAUAACAUACCGUGCCCGUUGCAAGUACAUGGAGAUAAAGAUUUUCUACUGAAAAGGGAAUUUGAUUAAAGUUUGGUGAUGAAUCAAUUGGAAACUUGUGAUGGUCAAAUCCCAUUGAGAACCGCUGCAUUGGAGUAUGGUUACCCAUUGUCUCUACGUGUUAUGUUUUGUAUCCUCGUGUGUUAUUUUGUACUGCAUAUUACUUUUAAUACAACCCUUUUGUCACAA